AUGAUAUUCAUUGAGUGGCAUUUUUUUCUUUAUCUCGUUUUAAUUUUUCUAUUAUAUAAGACAGCUGCUGUAUACUCAAUUCAAUGUUGCACUAGUAAAGAUAAUGCAUGUUUAUCAAAACCUGUUGAUUGUCCUUCAAAUGUUUGUUUUAAACUAGUAAUAAAUAAAGUAACCGAAGAACGCGGGUGUCUUGAUGAUUUAAUCGAAUUAAUAAAUUCGGCAAAUAAAAAUAAUAAAACCUCCACUGAUAGAAAUGCAUAUCCAAGUGGAUCAUCGAAUGAUCAAUGUCAUAAAUUAGGCGCCUAUGAAAAUGGAAUAUCUUUAUGUAAAUGUACUAAUAAUUUAUGUAAUUUAUCCUCAAAAAGAAUUCAUUUAACAAAAUCGCUUAUACCUCUUAUGAUUUUAUUUGUUCAAUAUUUUUUACGAAAUUCUCUUUCAUAA